AUGACCACCUCCUCCACCCCGGACAUCGCCUCCCAGGUCGCAACCCUCUCCAUUGGCUCCCAGCCCUCUCAGCAACGUCUUCACGACACUUACGACUUUGAAGGCAACGGCGGUGGCAAUGGCAGAAACCCGUACCACUACUCUACAUCCCCUCCUAUCCCUGCCCAGUCCCAGUACAACCCGCUUGGCAUGAAUCAGUCUCCGCUCAAGAACAAGGCCUCUCGCGCCGCCCUUCCUUCCCAGUGGCUCGACAACCCCGCCAGUAUGCCAGAUAAUCGCUCCCUCUCCCCACCCAACAACUCCGAUCUCUCCUCGUCUGGAGGCUCACCGCCCUUGGGUCACAUGCACGCGCCCCCACAGACUUCUGGCACCCCCGUCGGUGGCGACGACGAGAUCAUCCCCACCGCCAUUGUUAUAAAGAACAUCCCAUUCAACGUCAAGCGAGAGACGUUGCUCGAUAUCAUCGCAUCGCUCGCCAUCCCGACGCCGUAUGCGUUCAACUACCAUCUCGACCAGUCUGGUCAGUUCCGCGGGCUUGCCUUCGCCAACUUCCGUCAGUCGGUCGACGCCGACGCCGUCGUCGCGGCUCUCAACGGCUUCGAUGUCCAGGGCCGUAAGCUUCGCGUGGAGUACAAAAAGGUGCUUCAGGCCGGAGAAAAGGAGCGCAUUGAACGAGAGAAGGCCAUUCGACGCAUGCGCUCCAUGCAGCUUGAGAAGGAGCAACAUGCUAUGCAACAGCAGCCGGUGUACGAGGACUACGGGUCGGUGAUCUCCACCCCGUUCACCCCCCAGCGGUCUUUCUCUGCGUCCAACGUCUACCAGAACCAGCAGUAUUCUCCGCCUCAGAUGCCGCCUCUGCCUACCUCGCAGUCAUUCAAUGUCACCUCUCCUAUGCCUUCGGUAUCCCCAGGUGCUGGCCUGAAGUCAUCAAACGAGCUCGAUUUGAACGAUCCAUCGACGCUCGAAAUCUAUUCGCGCAUCCUGCUCUUCAAAGACGAUCCCAUGCGCGACGAGCUUGCGUUCUCCCGGGCGCUUUCGCCCAAGCAGAGGCGUGUUGUGCAUCUCGUGGCCCAGAAGCUCGGGGUGUAUCAUUACUCAGUCGGUGAAGGCGAGGAGCGUUACGCUGUCGUGACUCGCAUUGAUCCCAAUGCUGCUGGUCGCCAGACGCUCUCCCGGGCUUCCGCUUCCUACCUCUCACCGACGACCCCGAUGGCGCCGCAGUCGCUCCGCGUCAAGAAGUCCAUGCCGGACAUGAAGAGUCUCCAGCAAGCCGCGCCGCGCCUCAACACUCGUUCCUCCAACGGCAAUAUCCGCGAAGGCUACGCUACUAUCGCUUCUCCUUCUCGCCGGUCGCCUGGUUUCGCCGCUCUCUUCGGUCAGUCCGCCUUCGGCAGCAACGGUAUUCCACCCGUCCCUACUCUGCCUGCCAGCGUCUCCAACAUGAACACUGGUGGCAUGGACAGCCCCACUGGCGUCGUCCGCCAACCCCGUGGCCCUGGUGUGGGUGGUUUUGAGUCUCGGCGGGAGCGCCGCGAGAGUCAAACCAACCGUGGCUUUGAGGCCCGCUCGCACGAACCUUUGGAGAUCUGA